AUGGACAUCAACUCGCCUAUCGAUCUCGUCCACGAGGUGCAGGGCCAGCUUUGGGUUGACAAAGUGAACGAGACCCACAGAACGGGCCGUCUCUGUCAGUGGGUAUCGACUUUCCAUCCCAACAAGCUUCCCUGUCAACUUGAGGGUACCUUUCACCACGGCGCGUUCAAUGCAGGCAUGAAGAUGGUCUUCAGUGACAGCACUGCAUGGAUGGUUCGUUACCCUCUUGUGGGGAUGGUCUCCGACGAUCACGCCGACGAGAAGGUUGCCAUGGAGGUGGCAGCCCUGAAUGUCAUCCGUAAUAGGACUACUAUUCCUGUCCCGAGAGUACAGGCGUGGGGUUCCGCUGCGAGCAAUCCACUUGGUUUAGGACCGUUCAUCAUGAUGGAUUUCAUUGACGGUGUGAGCCUCAGCGACCUUUUGCAGGACCCCAGAGCCGAGUGCCCCAGCAGAGUCAUAAGGGAGGACAUCAAGGAUAGUGAUAUUGAAUUAAUUUACAGGCAGUUGGCGAAUUUUCUGCUUCAGCUUUUAAAGCUCGACUUUGACCGGAUCGGCAGCCUACCGUCGCCACAGGCUGAAGCCCAAGACCCUACACCGCCACGGCCGCUAACAUUCAAGGCACAUAGCAUUCUACAAAAUGGAGGAGUUGACACUUUUGGUGACCGAACACAGGGGUUUGCGACAACGACAGAGUAUUUUCAAUAUGUCGCUGGGCAGGACUGGGAGCAACUCGUUCACCAGCCGAACUCGACUGUUGGUUCAUAUGAUGCCCAAAACAAAUACGUGGCGUUUCAGGUCCUAAAAAGCCUGAUACGUGACUUUGUCAAUGCGAAGUAUGACCAUUGCAAAUUCAAGCUGAUUUGCGAUGAUCUCGGCUUGGCGAAUCUGAUUGUCCGCGGCAGGGAAGAUCUCACUGUCGUUGGAGUAGUGGACCUCGAGUGGUCAUACAUCGGGCCCGCCCAGCUGUUUGGCUCUGCGCCGUGGUGGCUUCUCCAAGACAGGCCCGUCAACAGCACAUGGGACUACAAGGGCGACGAGUCACCCAAAAUUGCCGACCGAUACUUCAAAUGCCUUGAAAUUUUCAUACGUAUCUUGGAGGAAGAAGAGGCAAAAAUGCCAGCGCACGAAGGGAGAGAGCUCUCAAGUCUCGUCAAGUGGUCGAAAGCAUCCGGGGCCAUGUGGCUGCAUAUGCUCCUCUCAUCCGGCUUCAACGACCAGCGCAGCUUUCCUUUUACGCAGCUGCGCCGGCAUUUGGGGUCUACUAAGUGGGCGAGGCGCGAGAAAGAAUUCGACAACGUAAAGGAGCUUGAGGUAUUUGCGGCGCGGAAGGUGAGCGAGUUGGAUAAGUAUGAUGUGGCCUUAGAGAAGACGGAGGAGAACAGAGCGCUUGUGGACAGCGGGAACAUGACGAAGGAGGAAUUCAUUGCAGAGUGUUCUCGGCUUCUGAAAAGGCAGGGCUAA